CAGGACACUUUUAUCUCCUCAUCUUUAAAGAAAUUAUUGAUUGAAGAUCAUUUACCAUUAUUAGCCCUUCCCCUAGUCGGCUAGUCCUGUCUCCAAUCUCUCUCUUCCUCAUCUUCCGGGCUACAAUUCUACCCUUUUUAUCUCUCUCUCUCCCCCCUUCUACUUCUUCAUUACUCAACAUCUUUUCUUCUUACAAUUUUUCUUAUAAAUACUAAAGCCCAAAACAAUCAAUCAUACUAUUUAAGUGAAUUUUAUAAAUCUUAAUUCACCAACUUUUUUUUUCUCCUAAUAAAAAAUAAUAAGAGGGAAUAACCUAGCUACCCAAAAGAUUCGAUUUUUCUUCUUUCGUAAGUUGGGCAUUUUUAUUUUCGUGCUCAAUUUUUCCGCUAAAUAUUUGAUUUGGGUGUUUUAAGAGUGGACAAAAUUACAGAAAAAAAGAGGGAAAGAUCAGAGAUGUCUAGCUGUGUGGAUCAAGCAGCUGUUCCAACAUCUGAGCAACUUUGCUACAUACCUUGCAACUUUUGCAAUAUUGUUCUUGCGGUAAGUGUACCAUGCAACAACUUGUGUGAUAUAGUGACCGUCCGAUGCGGGCACUGCACCAAUCUAUGGUCAGUUAACAUGGCUGCUGCCUUCAAUUCUCUCUCCUCCCCAUGGCAGCAUCACCACCAGCAUCAGCCUAACUUUCAUCAGGCACCAAACUUUGGCAGUGUGGGAGAAUAUAGGAUUGACAAUUUGGGUUCUUCUUCUAAGUAUAACUACUCUAAUAAGGCAGCUACUAUGAGAAUUUCUCCUCCUAUAAGCAGUAAUUCAACUGAAGAAAGAAUUAUUAAUCGCCCACCUGAGAAGAGGCAGCGCGUACCAUCUGCGUACAAUCAGUUCAUAAAAGAGGAAAUUCAAAGGAUCAAGGCUAACAAUCCAGAUAUUAGUCACAGGGAAGCAUUCAGUACUGCUGCCAAAAAUUGGGCACAUUUCCCUCACAUCCAUUUUGGGCUCAUGCUGGAGACCAACAACCAAGCUAAGCUAGAUGAGGGCUCCCAAAAACAUCUGAUGCCAAGGACUGCUUUACUAAACAAUUGAUCGUGCAAGGUAUUGCUCAAAGAGAUGCGUUUUGUGUAUCCAUAAAGUACACAAGAAAACUCAACUAUGUGCUUAAGAAGUUCGAGUAAAAUGUAUUUUAUUAAUUAUUAAUGCUUUUAAGUUGUUUUGCGUGAGAGGUUUAUUUGGAUACCUUGUGUUUGAUUUAUCACAAAAUCAUUUUAUAUAUAUAUGCCAAGUAGCUAAUGAAAUAAUUCUGAU